AUGUCGUCCACGGCGCAUUCGCCACAAAAGAUCAAGCUCUGCGAGCAUAUCUUGCUCCAGCACUUUGGUCCUAUCGCUGCGCGGGUUGGCGCGCUUUUGCUCAAACGUGGUCGGUUGACAAUCCGCGAAAUCAGUCGCUUCCUCAACCAGCAACCCACUCGAACUAACCGCGGCCCCAUUGAUCCUUUCAGCAACCACAGCGCAACCAACAGCAAAUCCACCCUGGUUUCGGCGCCCAUCGCAGGAGCAAGCUCGAGCUCCAGCACAAGCGAUCCAAACGCGCCCGUUCCCGUUCCCAAACUUCUCAUCGAACAGACCGUCAUGACACUCAUUCAGCACGGAUGCGCCUGGCACAGCUCAACCGAUCCCGACGUGGCUGAUCCAAACCAGGAGUUUUUCGAAAUCAACAUCAACGAAGUGCUGCUGCGGUUGCGCUUCGGCAGAUACAUUGGUAUUGCAGAAGACGAGCUUGGACAAACCGCUGCUAGGAUCGUCAAGCUCGUCCUACAGCAUGGCAAGCUUCAGGCAAAUGAUAUCAUCGACCGCGUCGCAACCGAAAUGGACGCACAGCACAAACCAACUUCGCUCACAGCUGACGCCCAACCCAACCGCGGCGAUCCUCCAAACGGCACCGCCAACGGCUCCAACAACAAGAAGCGAAAGGCCGAUAGCGCUACCGAGCUAUCCGCGCUUCAGUCGCAAGUAGCCCGUCAGCUCACCCUCCUUCUGUAUCGUACCUAUUUGCGACCUAGCUCGGUCCAUCAGCAUGUGUCACCUCGAGAUAAGGAGAUCAAGUACGAAGCCAAGAAGCGUCGCGAAUUGCGCGGCAUCCCAACACCCAAAGACUUGCAAAAGAUCAAGGAACAAGUGCGCGCUCAGAUCGCCGAGGAACGAGAUGCUGAUUGGGACAUCACCGCCACAACCGUCACACUGGGUCCUGAUGGGCUUGCAGCAGAUCACUGCGGUUCACGGCGUGGCUUGCUCCGCAAACAGCAAAGCGCUAUCGCUGUCGCCAGUUCAGCCAGUAAGAGCAAACGCGCAAAGACUAGCAGCAAGAGUAAAGACAAGACGAAGGACAAGAACGGCGUCAACGGCAUUGACGGCGUUCACGGCUCUGCUUGUCGAGACACUUUUGACCCUGCAGACGACUUUGAUAUCGAUCCUACCGUCUGGUUGCGCGUCCACUUUGAUCGCUUCGACGUUCACCUUCGUGACGAAGUCAUGAUCGACGCCGUGCGAGAAAAGUACAACAACACCGCCGCCGAGGUAUUUCGUCAUCUUAUUCAGGCGGGCGAUGCAUCGACGAACAAGUCGGUACGAGACGUGCGCAGUGCACCCAUCUCGAUCACCACGUUAUGCCACAAACUGCCUUCUGACUUAUCGCUACAGAAAGGUUUUGACCGUCGUUCGUUCGGCAAGGAUCGCGCCUCGCUGCCGAGCAAGCAAGAAUUCCUCGCCGAGUACAGUGCCAUCUUUUCGCAUUCCGAAGACGUUUCUGGUCGAUCGAAAAGCUUGCGUCUCAUGGCACCCGCAUCGGACAGCACCACGAAAACCGCCGGUGGGUCCAAAGUGGCGUCUACUCUCACCAUCGAAUUUGGCAACCUUGCCGAAGGUAUGCGCAAAGAUUUGCUGCGAAACGUCGUCGAAGAGAAAUUCGGCACGGCUGCGAUCCGUAUCAUGAACAUCCUUCGCGAAAAGGGCAAACUCGAAGAAAAGCACAUUUCCAAACUCGCACUCGUCUCGAUCUCGGAAACGCGCGACCUAUGCUCGCGACUCUUCCAUGCUUCGCUAUUGGGUUUACAAGAGGUACCCAAGACGAAAGAUCGUGAUCCGGCAAAGACGUUUUUCCUCUGGUUUGUCGAUGAGGCCAAAUGCCGCGCGUGGUUGUUAGACCAUCUCUACCAGAGUCUCGCCAGGUUGGGUCAGAGGAGGAACGAAGAGAUGCGCAAGCAGACCCCGCUCCUGAGAAAGGUCGAGAGGAGCGAUGUCAAGAUGGACACGCUCGGCUUGUUGACCGAGUGGGAAAGGCACAGUUGGCAGCGUUUGCAAGGUGUGCUUCAGACGCUGACUGUGGCCGAGAUGCGCACCGAGAUGGAUGUUUUCGUCAUGCGUGAUCUGGCUGCGGGGACUUAUGUUAGCCAAGAGUGA